UGUCCACGUGCAAACGUUUCCCAAAACACUCUGUCUCAGUGUUUAUAUUAAAGUGGAACACAUGGCUAGCGAUCGCUAACACGUGAGCGAUCGCACGCUGGAGAGGUGAGCAAAGCCUGACGUCAAUAUUCGAAUUACUUGUAAUAAAUGAAAAAUCCUGUAUGUUAAGGUACAUCCUCACAAGCCGACAGGAGUUCCUGAGUUCUUUUCCCCGAGUCCACCUUAAAAUGUCCAGAGAGGUCCAACGACUUUUGGACGGAGGUUCUCAGCGGCUCAUUUACAUCCUCGCUGGAUGCCAAACAUCUGGAGGUUUAUAAGCAGCCGUUAGCGUGGGAGAGCGCCACAAGUCCUUACCCUGUCGACAUGAAUCCGCUUCUGGUGGCACUGGCCUGGUCCCUGGUGGCGGCGGCGGUCCGGGCCCAGUCGUUGUCGCACGACCACCAAGAUAUGGGGUGGGUCAAUGGCUAUCGGCAGGGUUUUAGCUUUCAGUGCCCCCAUGGCGAAGCCCUGGUGGCCAUCCGGAGCUACUUUAGCGCUGCCGACGGAUCCGAUCGCCUCUGGUCCUUCGAGUGCCAGCCCACGCCUGAGAGUUUGGGACACCCCACCGACUGCUGGUGGGACGACAUUAACCGUGCCGGCCUAGAGUGGACUUCUAAGUGCACUCGCAAUGGCCUUGUGGCAGGCGUGCAGAGCAAGUACUUUGAGAGCGUCCUGGACCGGGAAUGGCAAUUCUACUGCUGCUACUACAAACGCCGUUGUCCGUACUCCUGCAUGAAAACCAAUGACAUUCCAGAACAGCACCACGAAGAGGGCGAACUGGUAGUUCCCAGCUACGGCUAUUUCAUCCGAGGAGCUCAGACCACUUUUAGCGGAGUAAUGAGGGAUCGCCAGUGGAAGUACAUCCUGUGCAGAAUGACCGACUUUGACUGUGAAUUUGACAAUUUAUAGACGCAUCCAAGAAGCACUUCAUAUUUACCAAACAAGUAUGUCGAGCUAUUCUUACAUAACGACAAGUAUGUACAACCAUGUAGUUACUUUUUAUAGUCCACAUUUACUAGCAUGCGACAAAAAAAGCACAUGAGGAUCUAAAAACAUUUUAAUAACAAAUUUGUUCAUUUCAGGAAGUCUUAUUUAGCAGAUUCGGCAA